AUGUCGUGGGACCUGCUGCAGCGCUUCCUCGACUCCGACGUGUUCAAUUCGAACCCCUUCCUCUCCGUGUCAUACCUCUCUCGCUACGCCGACCAUGUAGGAAUCCACUACGUGCUGUGCAACAAGCUGAGGCAGUUCCCCUACGAGGACAUUGAAUUCUUCCUGCCGCAGCUAUGUCACCUCAUCAUCAGUGUCGACAAUGAGUCCAUGGCCCUCGAGGAGUUCUUGCUGGACCUCUGUGAGGAGUCGGUCACCGCUGCGCUCCUGACAUUCUGGCUCUUCCAGACGUACCUCCACGACCUCUCAUCGAACCCUCAAUCCGGCGCAUUCCAGACUUGUCGUCGAGUGUACAACAAGGUCCAGCACAUUGUGUUUGGCCUGGCGGAUACCGCGCGUCAUGGAAAAAUCACGGAGAAUGUCCUGCCGGUGACGGUUCUGUCCAGCUUCGUUCUCGCCAGUGUCGCGCUGCCAAUGAUACCGCAAUGGGCUGGGCCGCUGGCGGUCGCGCAGGCCCGGAAACCGCGACCCAUCGGGCCCGAGACGGUCACGGAAACCAACGAUGCUCCGAAACCUACGCGGGCCCAGACUAUGACGGCUGCCACGUCGAGAUCCAGGCGAGCCAAGGAAGUCCGGAAGUCCAGUGCGCCGGACGCCAAGGGGCAUGCAUCGGACACGCACCUAGCCGCGCCGCGCAGCUCGGCUCGCCACUCCACGUCGCCCGUGGCGCGAUCCAAGACUCCGACGGAGUCGAAGAGGCCAUCCGCCCUGGAACUGAAGUCGCUCGAGGCUCGGUUGAGCUCCGCGUCCCUCCCGCUACCGUCUCCGCGGCCAACGACGAGGCCGUCGACGCCCGUCUCCGCUGGCAUCGCGCAAAGGCAACGCGAGGGUAGCCUCAAUCGGCGCCACUCGCACCACCACAAAGUACUUGUCAACGUGGACGACAUACCGCGACUACAGAAGACAAGGAUGUUGAGAUCGCACUACUUUAGAUCGCAGACCCAGUUCCUCACGGCCCUGGAGGGCAUCUCGAACCGGCUUGUCAUCGUCCCAAAGGCCGCUCGGAUGAGUGCCCUGCGCGCCGAAUUGGCACUCAUCGCUCGCGACCUUCCCGCGGAAAUUGACAUUCCCGUCAUUUGCCCGCCGACCCUGGUGAACGGGUCUCCUGGGAAGAGCCGGCACCAUAGGAUCGUGCGGUUGAACCCGGCCGAAGCGACAGUCCUCAACAGCGCUGAGAAGGUGCCGUACCUCAUGAUGGUGGAGGUGUUGCGAGACGACUUUACCUUUGAUCCCGACACCCCUGACAACCAGAGGCUGCUCACUACGCUGGCAGGCGGCAAUGGGACAUCUCGUCGUCUCUUCGACCUGUCAUCAGAAACGCCUAGGUUAACACAAGCUGUGCGCACGCCGCCGCCCGAGCCGGUAAUCGACAGCGUGUUUGAGCCCACGUCCGGCGAUCUGGGCAGUUCUGCUCUCUUAACGGGCGAAGACGAGUCUCCAACCAAGUAUCCCAUUAGGCACCACCAGCCACAGAGCGGCCAGCGGCUGUCCAGUGGAGCGACCACUUCAUCGACAACCUUGGAUGCGGCUACCCCCCGAACCUCGGGCGCCUCGAGAUCCAGGUCUAACAGCCCCGGGGGUCGUCGGAAGAUGACACUGACGCUCCCCCGUACCGCAUCUGCUGAUCAGCCAGACUUUUCAGCGUUGGCCACGCACAUGAGGACUGCCUCCCAGAUGCUGGCACAGCUCGAUGCCACGAGCGGCAAGCGACCGAAGCACGAGGUGGCUGCAAUCCGAGCCAAAAUCAUCGCCAGCAUGCAGAGCCUGGAGGAGCAAAGCUUCGAGAUGGACGAGCAUGGGCCGACGUUCGACACGAUCAUUGCGAAGACCAACUCGGGGGGCGUCACGCCGGCAGACAACCCCGACCUGGAGACUGAUGCUCCCAUCGACGCCACGCUCAAUGCAAGCGCUGGUAGGGAGAGGAUGGAAAACGACAUCAAGACCGGUGGUGUUCAACGACGCGGCGAUCGGGACGAUCCCAGCGCAGCCGUCUUUGGAGAGGCGUGGGAGGCCAAGAAGGAGCGCAUACGCAAGUCCUCACCGUACGGCUGGAUGAAGAACUGGGACCUUGUCAGCGUCAUCGUGAAGACGGGCGCGGACUUGCGGCAAGAGGCCUUUGCGUGUCAGCUCAUCGACGUCUGCCACAAGAUCUGGGUCGACGCUGGUGUGGACGUAUGGGUCAAGCGGAUGCGCAUCCUGGUGACUGGCGAGUCUUCUGGCCUCAUUGAGACCAUUACCAACGGCGUAUCGCUUCACUCGCUCAAGCGCAGCUUGACGCUGGCUUCGGUAGAGUCGGGCCAAAACCCGCGGCAACGCAUCGCCACGCUCAGAGAUCACUUUCUCAAGGCAUUUGGCCAUCCUGACAGCAAGCCGUAUCGCGCCGGUGUCGAUGCGUUCAAGCGGUCGCUGGCCGCUUACAGCAUCAUCUCGUACAUUCUGCAGCUCAAGGACCGCCAUAACGGCAACGUUUUGAUUGACAGCGAGGGCCACAUCAUUCACAUUGAUUUUGGGUUCAUGCUGUCCAACUCUCCGGGCUCGGUUGGAUUUGAGGCCGCGCCUUUCAAGCUCACGCAUGAGUACGUCGACGUUUUGGGUGGAUUGGGGUCUCCGGACUAUGACGAUUACAAGAAAAUGUGCAAGCAAGCUUUUCAGGCUCUCCGACGGUCCGCGGACAACAUCAUUGAUCUUGUGGCCAUGAUGGGCCGCGAUUCCAAGAUGCCGUGCUUCGCUGUUGGCGUCUCCCAUGCGACAAACACACUGCGGCAGCGCUUCCAGCUGCACUUGAGCGCCGACGAGGCGGAGCAGUUUGUGGAGACGGACCUGAUAGCCAAGUCGUUUGGCAGUUACUAUACACGACUUUACGAUACGUUCCAAUAUCGCACUCAGGGCAUAUACUAG